CAUAGAAACGAAGCAGAAGCAUGAGCACGAGCACGAGCACGAUGAAACCGGCCACAGGUUCCAACUCCAGAAAAAUCCCUCCUCAUGGCGCAGGGAAUUCCGUUGAUUUAUGGUCACAGAUCGUCGAACCUGAACCGCAACCGCCGCGCCAACAAAUCGGCGUCGUUUACCGGAGAAAAAACCCUCGCAACGACCCAUCCAACUUGCAAAGGGAAUCUGAUCCAUGUCCUCCGCGUCCGAUUCGGGUGAGUUUGGUCGACCCCAACAAGCGAGUCAGUUGGAAUCGUUCUCUUUCCACCAGAGGGAGGACAAGUAUAGCAGUUGGUGCUUGUAUGGUUUACCAGCCUCAGAUAAAGCAGGACAAAAGAAAAGGGAAACCUGGUAUUCCCAAACCCAGAGGAAAGCUUGCUCAACCUCCGAAUUUUGACAAGGAGAGAUUAUACUUUCAAGAGGUUGAUGCUUUUGAGUUGCUGGAGGAGAGCCCCUCACCAAAGAAAGUUGGCACGUGGACAGUAGGCAAUGUAAUGGAAGAGGGCCCAAUGCCAUCUAUAUGCUCCAGAUUAGAAAAAUGGUUACAGUCCAGAAGAUUAAAUUACAGCUGCGGUCCCUCUAGCACACUAUCUAAGAUACUAGAUACCCCAGCUACGGGUUCGGAAGCUAUUCAGAAUGUUGGCUUCAAUUCUUCAGAGUUCAGAACAACAGAGCGAGUUGAGCUAAGCAAUUCACAACUGCACACCAUCAAAACUGGAGAAAAUAGAAGUCUAAUCAAUGAAAUUCUUAUUGAGAAUGACACUGAUUUGGAAAAAGAUGAUAUGAUGCUGUUAGAUCAAAAUGGCCAAGGUUCUGAAGAUAUAGAAGCUGCGGUUAGGAAAUUAUCUCUGAUCUCAACAUCAUGUUCAGUAGAUGGUGACUAUUUGAGUCCAUUUUCUGCGCUAUUAGCAAUUUGUGGACAGUCUGCACCUUCAACAUUACAAGAGGUUUUCUCUAGUGGUUCAGAAUCUAUUGUUAAAAUUGGUGAAGGGACAUUUGGAGAAGCUUUCAAGGUUGGCAAUUAUGUCUGUAAAAUUGUUCCUUUUGAUGGGGACUUCAGAGUGAAUGGGGAGAUCCAAAAGAGAUCAGAAGAAUUGCUGGAGGAGGUGCUUCUUUGCAAAACUCUAAAUCAUCUGAGAGGAAAUAAUGGAGAUUCUUAUAAUCUAUGCAGAACAUUCAUUGAAUCCAUAGAAUUUAGAGUAUGCCAAGGUCCUUAUGAUGAGACACUGAUUCGUGCAUGGGAAGAUUGGGAUUAUAAGCAUGGUUCAGAAAAUGAUCACCCAAAAGAGUUCCCAGAUAAACAGUGUUAUGUGGUGUUUGUACAAGAACAUGGUGGCAAGGAUCUUGAAAGUUUUGUGCUCCUGAAUUUUGACGAGGCAAGGACUUUACUGGUCCAGGUUACCGCUGGGCUUGCCGUGGCUGAGUCUGGAUAUGAAUUUGAACAUCGAGAUCUUCACUGGGGAAAUUUACUUGUUAGUCGAAGUGAUUCUGUAACAUCGUUGCAGUUCACUCUGGAUGGCAGGAAUAUGUUAGUUAAAACAUAUGGAUUGAUGAUAUCUAUUAUUGACUUUACUUUAUCAAGAAUAAACACAUGUGAUAGAAUACUAUACUUGGAUCUUUCAUCUGAUCCUGACCUAUUUAAAGGUCCAAAAGGGGACAAACAGUCAGAAACAUAUCGGAGGAUGAAGGAGGUCACUGAAGAUUGUUGGGAAGGAAGCUAUCCUAAAACAAAUGUGUUAUGGCUUGUCUACUUGGUAGACAUACUGCUCUUGAAGAAAUCAUUUGAACGUACUUCAGACAACGAGAGAGAUCUACGAUCCUUGAAGAAACGUCUUAAUAAGUAUAAUUCAGCCAAGGAAGCGCUUCUUGAUCCCUUCUUCACUGACUUGUUCAUUGAGUCUGACCCAAAGGCUUAACAAGCCAAAGCUCUGAAGAGUUGGUUGGGGAGUUGCUUUUCUGCUUGCUUGAUGAUAUUUAUUUUUUCUUUGUAAUGUGUAUAUAUGGAUAGUUCCUAGGCGCGAUCAGUUUUUUGAUCAUUUGCUCUUGUUACAUCCAUGGCAGAAGCUUUCUCCAAUUAUAAAUAUGAUUUACACAAUGAGAAAUUUAUUUUGAAGUGUUUGUUUGAGUGGGAAUUUUAGGAGGGAAAAUGAGGGUUUGGGAGUUUAUUAGUAGAGGUAAAUGGAAUACAGAACUUUCAAAAACCCUCUAAAACCUUCAUCUAAUGCAUUCUGAACUCCCCAAAUUGGGAGCUUUAACUCUCUGCCUCAUCUUCUCUCUUGAUCUCAAUGUUUCUGGUUCUGCUGCAAAAAUUUAUCAUCAGCAUUGAGGUUUGUGAAGAGCUUGAGAAAAUCUCAAUAUCUCAUUCAGAUAGAAAAUUCUGACCAUCAGAAGUCAUACAAGUGUCAUAUUUGCUGAAACCCAUGUCAUAUGUAGAGCAGCAUUCAUUAUAUAUUGAAAGUGUUGCUGUAUGCCUGCAUACAAAUACAUAAGCUUGGUAAAAAC